AUGGAGGCGGCGGCGCUGCCGCGGGAGGGCGGCGGCCCGGCCCCGCCGCCCCACGAGCCCAUCAGCUUCGGCAUCGACCAGAUCCUCGGCGGCCCCGAGCCCCCCGGCGGCGGCGCGGCGGCGGCCCGGGCGGCGGGCGAGCCCGACUACGGGCUCUACGGCGGCGGCUACGGCCCCGCCUGCUCGCUCGGCUCCUACAACCUCAACAUGAGCAUGAACGUGAGCGUGAACGUGACCCCCGCGCCCGCCGCGCCGCCCGCCGGGGUCAUCCGCGUCCCGGCGCACCGGCCCGCGCCCGCCGCGCCGCCCGCCGCGCCGCAGCCGGUGCCCGGGCUCUCGGGGCUCACCUUCCCCUGGAUGGAGACCACGCGGCGCAUCGCCAAGGACCGGCUCUCAGCUGCGCUGUCGCCCUUUGCGGCGACCCGGCGCAUCGGGCACCCCUACCAGAACCGCACGCCGCCCAAGCGCAAGAAGCCGCGCACCUCCUUCAGCCGGGUGCAGAUCUGCGAGCUGGAGAAGCGCUUCCACCGCCAGAAGUACCUGGCCUCGGCCGAGCGCGCCACCCUGGCCAAGGCCCUCAAGAUGACGGACGCCCAGGUCAAGACCUGGUUCCAGAACCGCCGCACCAAGUGGAGGAGGCAGACGGCGGAGGAGCGCGAGGCGGAGCGCCAGCAGGCCAACCGCCUGAUGCUGCACCUGCAGCAGGAGGCCUUCCAGAAGAGCCUGAGCCAGCCGCUGCCCCAGGACCCGCUCUGCAUGCACAACUCCUCCCUCUACGCCCUGCAGAACCUGCAGCCCUGGGCCGAGGACAAUAAGGUGACGUCCGUCUCAGGGGUGGCCUCCGUGGUGUGAGGCCGCUGCGGAGCAGAGGGGCCGGCCGGCCCCCCCGCGGGGCCUCGAACUCGUCGGGCGGAGGCGGCGGGCGGGAGGAGCCGGCGAGGUCGGAGCCCGGCACCUCCGUCCCGGCGGCAGGGAGGGGGCUGCCGUUUCCCAGGACGGCUCCCGCACGGCAGCACCCUCCCCGUGCCCGCCCCACGCCGCGGCCAGCCCCCCCUGCGCCCUGCCUUGCCAUCCCGGGGCGGCACACGAGCCCCCGCGGUGGACUCGGAGGCUCUGCUGACCGCCGACUCGAGCGCCGCACGGCCAUGGGCGGCCCUUCUGCCGGGAUCUUGCCGGGGAGCCCGGGGCCGGGGGUGCCCCGAGCGGCGGCCGCCUCUCCCUGCCUCCCCUGACGCCCCUCAGCAGACGCCGGGACCGGGCCAGGCCCCCUGCUCCCCGUGGGGCUGCUCCAGGCCCAGUCCUGUCCGGGGACAGCAGAUCCCGGUGCAGGCAGGGAAAUGGAUGAUGGAGAAUCUGCCGCCCUUGGUAACCGGUCCCCGUGGUGGACUGCAUCGCUCGCAGACACACACCUUACUCGAGUCGGCGUUUGCCAGCUCCAGCUCCCAGCUGCAAGCGCCCCAGCUGGAAGAGGCCUCUGCCGGGCCGGCGCGGCCCCCGCGCCCCUCUGCGGGGCUGGACACAUGGAGCUUGUUUGCUGCCCGGCCUGGGCUCCCGGUGCUCCCCUCUCCGUGCCUGCUGGCUCGCCAGCUCCCCGCGGCCCUGGGCCCGGCCGUGCCGUUCCCGCAGCGACACCGGUGACGGACACGGGAUUCCCGGUCACGGCGGAGGAUUGCGGCAGCCCCCGGGGCUGCGUUGGGGCAGGGGUGCGCGGCGUGCCGGCUCCGCUCGCGCCCGCCUCGGGCCCCGUGAGCCUGCGCUUCGCAGGACUCCCUCCCCUCCUGCCCGAGCUGCCUGUGUUUUGGUGAAGGACUGAACCUUUCGCCUGGCGUGCCUGGAGUUUGCCGGUCCCAGAGGAGGCAGAGGUGUCUGCCGGGGUCUCCAGCUGCAGAAAGCCCCCUGCUCCAGCAGCCUCCCCCCCCGGCCUGUGACCCGUCCUUUCCCACAAUGACACCUGAGUGUCCCCCGUCUCCCGUGGUGGGGCCAGGACCCAGUGCAGACCUCCCCAAGCCGAACGAGCCCCGUCCCCUGCCCUGCUCCCCCCGGGGCUGCAGGACCCUCGA